AUGUUUGAGUUGGUUAUUCCCUGGCUUCUCUCCGUCGCAUUUGCCUCUGCGUUUUGGAAGGUCCUACAGAUCUCGUCGCGACGGAGAAGGCUGCCACUCCCCCCGAGCCCUCCAUCGUACCCUAUCAUCGGCAACAUAUUCGACGUCCCUACAAAGGAUAUGCAUGUCGCGUUUCGCGACAUGAAUGUCAAGUACGGCGACAUUGUCUAUCUCAAUGUGUGCGGCCAGCCAAUGAUCGUCCUCGGCACGCACGAAGCAGCAACCGACCUACUGGAAAAGCGCUCGGCGAACUACUCGGGUCGCCUGUUCUCCAUGGCAAUAUCUAGAUCGGGUUGGGAGUGGCUCUUUUCAGUCGCAGACUACGGGACACAGUGGAGGAAAACGAGGCGACUCUUGCACGAGUACAUGCAUCCCAACGCGGUGAAGCAGUACCGUCCUAUUCAGGAGCGUGAGGUCACCAAAUACCUUGUGCGGCUCUUGGAACAUCCGAAGGAAUUCCUCCACCACGGUCGGCACUUGUUCGGAGCAAUCACCAUCAGGGCGGGGUACGGCAUCGAUGUCGACACCGAUAAGGAGAUUGAUUACCUUGAGAUAGCCGAGAGGGCUAUGGCGGCCUUUGCUGUGACAUUCCUCCCUGGAAAGUAUCUCGUCGAGUUGGUACCCAUCCUACGCUAUCUCCCCUCGUGCAUUCCAGGGGGACACUUCAAGCGGGAGGCUGCUGAGUGGUCACCGAUUGUUCGCAAGAUGCGAGAAGUACCCUGGAAUGCUGCUAUGACCGCCCUGCGCGAGGGCCGUGGCCUACCCUCGAUGGCGAGCGGGCUCCUGGAACGUACUUCGGGUCUCGACCCAGAAGCCGCGGCCGAACAGGUGGAGUUCUCGAAGGAUGCCGUCGCGGCGGCUUACACAGGUGGUGCUGAUACCACGCUCUCUACGCUGCAGAACAUCUAUGUUGCCAUGGCAUCGUUCCCUGAAGUGCAGAAACGCGCUCAAGCUGAACUCGACGCUGUAGUUGGGCCUCACCGUCUGCCAACUUUCUCAGACAAAGAAGAUCUCCCUUAUGUGACUGCACUCAUCAAGGAAUCGUUGCGCUGGAGACCAGUCUCCCCUCUUGCGUUGAUCCACGUGUCGAUGGAGGAAGAUGAAUACAAGGGGUUCUGUAUCCCCAAGCGCUCCGCCAUGGUAUUCAAUAUCUGGGCGUACACCCAAGACCCACGACUAUAUCCAGACCCGCAAGCAUACAAGCCCGAGCGUUAUCUCAGGGACGGCAAGAUAGAUCCUGACGUACAAGACCCUGCUGGAAUUGCCUUCGGCUAUGGGAGAAGGAUCUGUCCAGGACGCCACUUUGCCGAGGCUUCCCUCUUUGCUGUCGUGUCAAAGCUCCUGCACACCAUGUCGAUUGAACCACCCCGUGAUGAAUCUGGUCAACCCAUCGACCUCGCGAAGACGGUCAAGAUGACUCACGGCAUCAUCUCUUACCCGGAACCCUUUGAAUGCAUCAUCAAGCCUCGUUCUCCGGAGGCAGAAACGCUGAUUCGUAAUGCGUGCAGCGAGGUUGAAGCGGCGAGUGCGUGA